AUGAAAUUCAAUAUUGCUAUUGAUGGUCUAACCGCCACCGGAAAAACUUCUAUUGGCUAUUCUUUAGCAAAACGAUUAAAUUUUAAUUUUAUCGAUUUUGGUUUAUUUUAUCGCUAUUUAGCUUACUACAAUAUUAAUUCGACAAAUUUUAAUCGACAUACUUACGAUACUCUAAUUAACUGUUCCAACUCUAGUACAUUUUCUUCUCUCGAUAUUUCUCAAAAAGCGUCUGAACUUUCAAAAGAUGAAGAAAUACAAUUAUUAAUUAAUCAAGAAAUCAAGAAAUUAACGAAAUUUGUUGUAGUUGGACAAGAUGUAACAACCAAUAUUCUUCCUGAUGCUGAAUUUAAAAUUUUAUUAUCAGCUGAUUUUGAGACGCGUCUUGGUCGACAUGUAACACAAUUAGUUGACAAAAAUCCUCAAAAUAUUUUAUAUGAUGUCAUCACACGUGAUAAUAUCUCUAAACCUUUAAUCAAUUGUUCAAAAAAGGUUUCAAAAGAAAUUAACACAUCGGAUCUUGAAACUUUCGAA